ACGCAGAACAAGUCAUGGCAAAAGGGGGUGGGAUAAAAAGGGGGAGGUUCCAUCAUGGGGCCGCCUCCGACGAGACUGCGAAAUUGCAUCCAAGGUCACAAGAUUUCCAUCUCGGAGACCAUCAACGACCUCCUUGGCCACCGGAGGAGGGACUGGCAGAUUAUUCAGGGGCACCUCGCAGUUAACGAGGAGAGGGACCUUUCCGCUAAGAUUGACGAUGGGUUGUGACCCUACUCGUACCUCCUACUCGUAGUAGUAGCGGCCGAGCUGGGUCCUUAUCGAUAAAAGCAAAAGGGACGAGAGGGAAUUUUAAAAAGGCUCCCCCACGCACGCGGUGCGAAAGUGUGUUUGCGAGGAAAAAGGUGGUGAAGCAAGUCAUUCAGGUACCUCGUCCUCGCCGACAGGGCCGCAGCUUAAUUAACCUCUCAACUAAAACCCAUCCGCGGCGUGGCUUGGGCAAACCCAGACCUGAGGCGCGCCCCCAACUGGCCCAGGGCCGCUGGCACUAGGCCUUUAGUGACCCAGCUCGCCGGGUGGGGGGUGCCACAGGUGCCACAGGUGCCACUGGAGGACGUGACCCUGCGCUUGCACCUGCGCCUGCGCCCGCGCCCGCCUUGCCCUUCCCUUUCCAAAUCGAACACAGUGGCUGCUUUGGAACACAAUUAAUUAUUGAGUGACAACUGACGACGCCGCACAAACGCCUUUCCAGACCAUCCCAUUCAUAUAACACCACCUAACCCCCCAGCUACCUCUCCUGACCUGAAUCCUUCCCUUUUGCUCUUUGAACCAGUCCAGCUCUUUUUAUCACACCUCCCAAGACCACCUCCUCCUCUCACAGUAGUCCUUGAACUACGUUUCAUUCGUUCUUGGCCUGUCCCAAUCCACCAACACUCUCGACUACGUGCUGUGCUCCUUGUCGACGACGUCUACAGUCUCCAACUACAUUCACUUCCUAAGUCAAGAUGAAAGCCCUCAUUCUCGUUGGUGGCUUCGGCACCAGACUGCGUCCUUUGACCCUCACUCUUCCCAAGCCUCUGGUCGAGUUUGCCAACCGUCCUAUGAUCGAGCACCAGGUCGAGGCUCUCGCUGCUGCCGGUGUCACAGACAUUGUCUUGGCGGUCAACUACCGACCCGAUGUCAUGACGGGUGCGUUGAAGAAGUAUGAGGAUAUGUACAAUGUCAAGAUCACAUUCUCCGUCGAGUCUGAACCCCUCGGCACCGCUGGCCCUCUGAAACUGGCCGAGAAGAUCUUGGGCAAGGACGACUCCAACUUCUUCGUGCUCAACUCGGAUGUCAUUUGCAACUACCCCUUUAAGGAACUGGCUGCUUUCCACGACUCACACGGCGAGGAGGGCACCAUUGUCGUCACAAAGGUCGAAGAGCCCAGCAAAUAUGGUGUCAUUGUGCACAAGCCCAACCAUCCCUCUCGCAUCGACCGAUUCGUCGAGAAGCCUGUCGAGUUCGUGGGCAACCGCAUCAACGCCGGCAUCUACAUCUUCAAGCCCUCCAUCCUCAAGAGAAUCGAGCUGCGCCCCACCUCCAUCGAGCAAGAGACCUUCCCCGCCAUCUGCAAAGACGGCCAACUGCACUCCUUUGACCUCGAAGGUUUCUGGAUGGACGUGGGUCAGCCCAAGGAUUUUCUGACCGGUACCUGCUUGUACCUGUCUUCGCUAUCGAAAAACAACUCCAAGAAGCUGGCACCUCAUUCCGAACCUUACGUCUACGGUGGAAAUGUACUGGUGGAUCCCACAGCGAAGAUUGGCAAGAAUUGCCGCAUUGGCCCCAACGUCGUGAUCGGCCCUGGCUGUGUCGUUGGUGACGGUGUCCGACUGCAGCGAUGUGUGCUGUUGGAGGACAGCAAGGUCAAGGAUCAUGCUUGGGUCAAAUCCACCAUCAUUGGCUGGAGAUCAACUGUUGGCCGAUGGGCUCGUUUGGAGAAUGUAACUGUUCUCGGUGACGACGUUUCCAUUGGUGACGAGAUCUACGUCAAUGGUGGCAGUGUUCUGCCUCAUAAGAGCAUCAAGGCCAAUGUCGAGGUGCCCCAAAUCAUUAUGUAAACGGCCUCCUGGGCUGUUCAUGUCAUUUGACUUGUGGCGUUUUUGACUCCUCACUCUGUUGUUUGAAAUCGACAUUUCUGCCCUUUUCCAACCAUGUCUUUACUAUCGAAUGGGAUUUCAGAGCAUGGCGAAAUUGAUCAGAUCAAGCCGAAAAAAAGAAGCCCGGGCGUUACGGAGCGAGCGGGCUGUUCCAUUUACCACGUUUCUGUCCAGCGGACAAUGGGACUUUUUGAGGGGUUUCGCAGAAAAUCGGGACUUUGCGCGGGACACUUUUUUAUAUCACAUUUAGAGGACCAUGCACGACACGAGCGGAAGAAGGGUUGACGGUUAGAAUUGGUUGCGAAGGGGACGAGAUGCGCCCACGUUGCGGCCGCUCGGACGAAAACCUUGCCAUUGCGCAGUAAUGGAGUAUCCAUUGUAAUAGUAUUUGAGAUCCAGCGUCCUUGAUCGUCACGAAAUGAUAGGGAUGGUAAUGAAGAUCUUGUCAACUCUUCUGA